AUCUCUAUUCGUCACUUUCUCGCGUACUUUGACCCUGCGACGAAUGAUCGAAUGACUGCCAUACUCAAGUGCACCAUCAGCCGUAUGCUCUCCAGGUGAGUGCAGGUUGGCUCGUUUCCCGGCUACAUGGCUUUCUGCUUUCUGAUGAGUGGGCUAGGGUGCUCGCCGCAACGAACGGUCGAUGAAGGGCCACCACGGCAGAUGGCUGAGAUCGGGGAUAUUCAGCCAAACCUCCUGCACGUACGGUGUCCCUGCAAUGCUUCGACCGCUGACUAUGCCAGACACGUGUCCACCGUAGUACCAGCCCAUUCUGUCAGGCUGAACAGAUCUGACGUGAAAGCGCGUCGAAUCUGGGAACCUUUGCCUCACAGCCGUGCUGACCGCGCCGUCGAGGGCUUGUUGCGUCCUCGGUCUAUGAUGAUCAGGCACAUGCACAUGCAUGAUCUCCCAGAUCGGAUCGGCAUAGCCGACUUGAAGAGCUUCCAGUGGUAUUGGAUCGGCUGGAGGCGGCUGAGAGGCUAUGCUUGGAGCUCUACCGGAAGGUCUUCCUCGCCGCCUACGAGGGCGUGAGAGGUCCUCAACUCCUGGCUGAGAGUCAGAGGGCCCUGCUUCGUCUUCCCGACUAGACGCUCUCGGAGAGAGCUUCCCAAAGAUGAUAUGAUGAGGAUCAAUGCCGACCAAGUGACAUUGAUGUGUUGACGGCCCACCAAAGCACGAUCCAAGCUAAUUUCAACAUUGUCCAGAGGUGCUGAGCUUAGGAUAAUGCCGAAGUCCCGAGCAAUUGCGGCUUCUGUCGGCAAGGACGGAUUUGUGAUCGCUGGCUAGCAGUGCCUAGAUCAACGAGGUCA